AUGGAUCUGGGACUCACAGGGACAUUACUUCUCGUCUCCUUUAUAACUCUCCUGUUUUACCUUGUAAUAUGGAGAGAGAAAAAGAAACAAGGGAACCUGCCCCCGGGUCCCACACCACUUCCCUUGUUGGGGAACAUGCUGCAACUUAACCCAGCGGAAACUCCUCGCUCUAUGCUCCAGGUGGGUAUCAGUCUACAGCAAGAGGAGUGAAUGCAUGGAAUAGGAUUCCAGUAGAGGUGGUAAACAAUAACAAACCAGAAGUGAUAAAGUUACAAAGUAGCUGCUGGGAUUACGUGGGGUUAGAUGAACAGAUAUGUUAAUAAAGUGCAAAAUAACUAGAAGGAAUCUGUAAAGUAAAUUGACAGGUGUACGAAUAUCUCUUAAUCGCUCAUAUUAGAUCUAUUUAAACACCUUGACUACAUGUUACAAAUACAAUGUGCAAAUGGCAAUGUGUUAUUUUAACACAAUAUUUAUAAUAUUUUUAUGUUAAAUAUUUCCACGUAUAUUUCUUUUCACUAGCAUAGUUGUACAAUCAUAUUUUGUAUAUUGAUGUUAGAGCCCAAAUAAGAAAAGAAACGUGGAACAAUCAUUAAGGCAAUUUUGUUUUAUAACAUCCAUUUCAAUCUUAUGAUUAUUUUUAAUGGUAGCUGAUUGACAUUUGACUCUGUGUGUUCACAUAUUAGCAAUGGGGCAAGUCAUGCAUUUUUCAUGUUAAAUAUAACCCUGGUCUAAAAAACACAGAUAGAAAGAAUAUGAGUGACAGACAGACGUACAGAAGGACAGAUCUAGCAGAUCCAGGUUAUGGAAUGCUUAGAUUUAUAGAAUCAAAGUUUGUCAUUUGGCCCUGGGGCACUUCUGCUUAAAAUGAAAAAUAAAAACAAAAAUAAACUCUGAUUAGCUAUUAACCCCUUAAGGACUGAGCCAAAUGUACACGUUGUGAUCAAAACAAAACGUAAACAAAAAAAAUGAAUUUGCGCUAUAUGUCUGUUCAGGCGUAAUUCGCCUCUUUCAUAUUAUGUGCACCCACACUUAUUAUAUAUCAUUUUAUUCAGGGGAAUUCAUUUAACAUCAAAUAUUUAGGUAUGAAACAUAAUUUAAUAUGAAUAAAACAUAAAGAAAUGGGAAAAAAUAAAAAUGUAAACUUUUUUUUAGUUCUACGUGACAUUUUAACUGUGAGUGUCAUAAUACUGUUUAUUUUUACUGCAAUAAAAUACACAUAUUUGUAUUCAGUGAUGUCUCACGUGUAAAACAGUACCCCCUAUGUACAGGUUUUAUGGUGUUUUGGGAAGUUACAAGGUCAAAUAUAGCAUGUUACAUUUUUCAGUUUUUUCACAUUGAAAGUCGCCAGAUUGGUUCUGUUGCCUUUGAGACUGUAUGGUAGCCCAGGAAUAAGAAUUACCCCCAUGAUGGCAUACCAUUUGCAAAAGUAGACAACCCAAUGUAUUGCAAAUGGGGCAUGUCCAGUCAUUCUUAGUAGCCAUUUAGUCACAAACACAAAGUUAGUGUUAAUAUUUGUUUGUGUGGGAAAAAUGCAAUAAACUAAUUUGAAUGCCAAUUUUGGCCAGGAAAGCUGAACUGGAUGUGUCCUGGACUUUGUAUACCCCAGAGAAGACUGUGGUUACCGUAAGAUCUGUGACAAAAUCCUACCUAUAUUAGAGAUGAUUUGUUACAACAUAUAUAGUUAUUAAAUAUAUUAAAAAUUAUUACUAUUUACCUCUACUAAUGUUUCCUUUUUUUGGUCACUUUUCACUGGAUCUGGGAAUAAAAUCAUUAAUGCAGUGGCUAUCCCCGAGCCAUCAAUCACUUGUUUUUAGUGCCACGGAUGGAACUCUCAACCACAAAUCCACCAAACAUGCUUGUCCAUUGCGCAAAAAUGAUUAUUAUUAUUAUGUUAUUAUUUAUAUUUCGCAAAUUCUGCAGCGCUUUACAGUGGGUGGACGAACAAACGUAGUUGCAACCAGACAAACUGGACACACAGGAACAGAAGGGUUGAAGGCCCUACUCAAUGAGCUUACAUGCUAGAGGGAGUGGGGUAAAGUGACACAAAAGGUAAGGAUAGUAUUAGACUAAUGACAGUUGCAAGAGAGGAAUCAGUCGGGAGCGAUUAACAGUUUAAUUGAUACGCUUUUAUGAAGAAGUGGGUUUUUAAUGAAAUUUUGAAGGAUUGGAGACUGAGUGAGAAUCUAAUGGAGGAGAGAAGUGAGUUCCACUGGAAUGGUGCAGCCUUUGAGCAGUCUUGAAGGCGAGCAUCAGAGGUGGGAGUAAGGACAGAAGAUAGACGUAAGUCUUCAGCAGAGUGUAAGGGCCUAGGCGGGACAAACUUGUGUAUUAGGGAGGAUAGAUAGGUGGGAGCAGCAUUAUGUAGAGAUUUGAAAGCAAGAACCACAAUUUUAAAUUGAGUACUAUAUCUUACAGGAAGCCAUUGUAGGGACUGACAGAAGGGUGAGGCGUAGGAGGCGCGGGCGGACAGGAAGAUGACCAUGUGGACUGUAAUGGCGCAAAGAACACAUAAGACCACUGAGAAGCGGAUUACAGUAGUCAAGGUGAGAAAGGACAGUGGACCAGCACCUUAGUCACAUCUGCCAUUAAUUAGGGUCUUAUGCGCGCAAUGUUUUUAAGAUGGAAGUGGCAGGAUUUGGCGAUAGACUGAACAUGAGGCUUGAAGGAGAGGUUGGAGUCAAAGUGAACACCUAGACAGCGAGCCUGCGUCGUGGAGCUGAUGGUAGCACCGUUGACUUGGAGGGAGACAGACAGAGGAGUAGCAACACUUGAGGGAGGAAAGACCAGAAUUUCAGCUUUGGUCAAGUUGAGUUUAAGGAAGUGGGCAGCCAUCCAGUUAGAAAUAGCAGAGAGGCAGUCAGAGACACUAGUCAAGAGGGGCAGGGAGAGAUCGGGAGACGACAGAUAGAUUUGCGUGUCAUUCACAAAGAAAUGAUAUUGGAAGCCAAAGGAGCUAAUGAGUUUACCAAGGGAGGCAGUAUAGAUAGAUUUGUUUCAUGAGUCUACAGUUGUGCUCAAAAGUUUGCAUACCUUGGUAGAAAUUGUGACAUGUUGGCAAUGAUUUUAAAAAUAUGACUGAUCAUGCAAAAAAAUAUUAUUUUUAUUGAAGGAUAGUGAUCAUAUGAAGCCAUUUAUUGUCACAUAGUUGUUUGGCUCCUUUUUAAAUCAUAAUAAUAACAGAAAUCACCCAAAGGGUCCUGAUCAAAAGUCUGGUCUUGUUACAGACACACACGAUGACACAUACAGGUUAAAAUGGCAAUUAAAGGUUCAUUUUCCACACCUGGCUUUUUCAAAUUGCAAUUAGUGUCUGUGUAUAAAUAGUCAAUGAGUUUGUUAGCUCUCACAUGGAUGCACUGAGCAGGCUAGAUACGGAGCCAUGGCAAGCAGAAAAGAACUGUCAAAAAACCUGCAUAACUAGGUAAUGGAACUUUAUAAAGAUGGAAAAGGCUAUAAAAAUGAUAUCCAAAGCCUGAAAAUGCCAGUCAGUACUGUUCAAUCACUUAUUAAGAAGUGGACAAUUCAGGGAUCUCUUGAUACCAAGCCAAAGUCAGGUAGACCAAGAAAGAUUUCAGCCACAACUGCCAGAAUAAUUGUUCGGGAUACAAAGAAAAACCCACAAGUAACCUCAAGAGAAAUACAGACUGCUCUGGAAAAAGAGGAUGCGGUUCUUUCAAGGAGCACAAUACAACAUGUGAAAAAAUAGAGCUGCAUGCCCGAGUUGCCAGCCACCAAUGCCACAAACAAGCCAGGCUACAAUAUGCCCAACAACAACUUGAAGCAUGGUGGUGGCUCACUGAUUAUUUUUUUUUUCGGAGGGGGGUGGGGGGGAGAGAGGGGCAGGGGGUGAUCUCUAAAGGCAUGGGGAAUCUUGUGAAAAUAAAUGGCAAUUUGGUGGUUCAUGCCAGACCAAAGACUUUGCAUGACGUGGAGGCAUUUUGACAAGAUUAAUGGGCAGGUAUAACACUUUCAAGUAUUAGGGGCCUCAUAGACAACUAUUACAUAAAACUGCAUGCAGUCAUUGAUGCUAAAAGGGGCAAUACACAAUAUUAAGAAAUAGCGGUAUGCAGACUUUUGAACAGGGGUCAUUUUACUUUUUUCUUUGUUGCCAUGUUUUUAAAAAAUUUUAUUGUGCCAUUCUGUUAUAACUUACAGUUGAAUAUGAAUCCCAUAAGAAAUAAAAGGAAUGUGUUUUGCCUGCUCACUCAUGUUUUCUUUAAAAACUGUAUAUGGAGGUUUGGAAACUGGGGAUAUAUCACCUCACAUCUAUAUAUUUGGAAUUAAUUUAUGAAUGUGCCACUUCUGGUUUUAUACAUAGACAGUUUUUUACUUUUGCUUUCAGAACCUUAAAUAAUACAACUCAGACCUGAAUCUGCUUUUUUUUCACAGUUGAGUGAGAAGUACGGACCUGUGUAUACACUCCAUAUGGUUGGUCAGCCUGUCGUAAUAAUCAUCGGGUGCGAGACUGUAAAAGAAGCUCUGGAAGAGAACGGCGAUGCAUUAAGCGACAGGGGGAGAAUAGACGUGAUUAAUAUUCUGUUUAAGGAAAGUGGUAAGAAUCAAAAAUAGCAUUUACCUGUAAAUAAUGUUUGCCAAAAAACAAACAAAAAAUGAACAACUAUAUCAAGGUGAUAUAAAAAUAUAAAAUAGUACUUGUUAAUCACCGUGAAAGGAUGUGCGAUGGAGGCAAUUUACAAAUACCAUUAUCAAUAGAUUAUUAUUAUUAGAUAUUCCAGUUAUUAAAGACUCAACAGCACACAUUGCAUGCUAAUAGAGUGUAUAGGGAGGUACCUUGUAGCAUAUAGUUACAUUCUAUAGGAAUACAUGCAUCUCUAAUGGAGGUGUUAUGUACUUACAUAGUUAUAUAGGCUGAAAAGAAGACUUCAGUCCAUCAAGUUCUGCCUUUCACAAUUCUGUAUUACUGUUCGUGAUACAAAAGAAGGAGAAAAUCCCAGCUUGAAGUGAUUUAUAAUUUUGCUUCAAAUUGGAAAAAAAUCCAUAGUGAAUCCAAAAUGGCGGUCACAUUUCUUCUUGGCUCAACAAACUAAUUUUUCUAUCUCAAUUUAGAUUUUUCAAGCUAAACUGGAGAUGUAUUUAAUUAUGAUUGCAGGAAUUAUAAUGACAAAUGGAGAGACAUGGAAGACGAUGCGUCGAUUCUCUCUCAUGACCUUGAGGAAUUUUGGAAUGGGGAAGAGGAGCAUUGAGGAAAGAAUUCAAGAGGAGGCUCAAUUGCUUGCAGAAGAAUUUAGAAAGUGCAAAGGUUGGUGAAAACAUUAAAGGAUCACUAAAGUGUCAGGAAAACAAAGAUGCCCCCACCCUCAGGGUCCCCCUGCCUUGGCACUGAAGGGGUAAAAACCCCUUCAGCCACUUACCUUAAUCCAGCGCUGGGCUCCCUCGGCACUUGUGACCUCUCCUCCCUGUCUGACGUCAUCUCCCCUGUCCGACGUCACUGGAGCCUAAUGCGAAUGCGCGGCAUCUGUCGAAUGCGCAUUCAAAGUGUCCAUAAGAAAGCAGUUCUCAAUGCUUUCCUAUGGACGCUCUGAGCGAUGUAGGCGAAAUGCAUCGUCCAGCGUCGCAAAUGCGCCUCUAGAGGCUGGAUUAACCCCAAAUGUAAAUAUAGCAGUUUCUCUGAAACUGUUAUGUUUACAUGUGAAGCGUUAAAACCUGAGGGACCUGGCACCCAGACCACUUCAUUGAGCUGAAGUGGUCUGGGUGACUAUAGUGUCCCUUUAAACAAAUAAUAAUAAUUGAAUAAUAUCUAGCAGGUUUUUUUUAGUUGAAUUCUACUAUAUAAAUGAUAAUGCUUCACUAUUUUCCAAAGACAGACAGGCGUUGUGGAAUGAUGUACUGUAAGUGGAUUAAUGUUCUUGCAGCCUCUUGCUUCUCUUGUAGAACCCGUCUUGGAGAAGCAGCAAAAAUCGUCAUACAGGCACAUAUUUUGAAUAGAUAUAUUUGCUAACAUGAUAGUUACUUUAACUGUGUAUAUUUAAUGGAAGCUGACCAGCCACAUGUUUUGUGUGUUGCAGAGACUCUUUAGAUGUAAAUGUGGUAUUUAUAUGUUGCAUAAAAUUAAAUGUAGGAAUACACACCUCCUUAUCCUGUAACUGAACACCAACACCAUUCAUUGUUAUAAGCUCUGUCUGUUACAGAGAGGAGGAAAAUGUGGGAUACAUAUCAAAGUAUUCUGAAAAGUGACAUUCUGACAUUAUUUUCAUAUUAGAGUGUGCCUCAUAUAUCAACUGGUUAGACGAGAGGUAACAUCAUUGAAGACAAACAUGGAAACUCUAAUUUGCAAAAAAGGAGAAUUUUUUUUUACAAGGUUACUUAAAAUCAACUAUCUUAGCAAAACAUAUGAGAAUUCAGUUCUACCAUAUGGCUAUGAUGUGUUAAUCUCACCAAUACAUCACAGUACCCCAAUAUCGGUGGGUCCUACACUAAUUUUAACAUGGGAGAUAUACAUGCGAACUGCAAUGCAAACUGCUAGAAUUUUUCCAAAGACUCUACUCAUUUUAUGCUUAACUGUGGUCACCUCCAAAGGGGCACCUAAAGUAGAUGGGUGGGCUGCUUAGUUCAAAAGGUAUCUGGUCUGUAUUCCAACUAUACAUUAAAAAAGACAAUUUGUGGAACACCCAGAACAUGCCUUUAUAAGUAGUUGUGCUGCCGUAAAGACCAAAAACCCUGGUUUGAACCCUGGAACGCCUCAUUAGCAAGUGUCCUUGGGCAAGGAACCUAAUGAUAUAUAUACCCACCUACUUCAACUCCUGAUAGAAUGUAAGCUUCUGUGAAAUAUGCUAUAUGCUAUAUAAAUGCUCAUAUUAUUAUUUAUUGAAGUAAUGGUUCCCAAUAUAAUAAGUUCUCAGAAAUUUCUAUUUCAGAAGGCUAGCAUAUUCAGAGCAGUUAUAAAAUUAAAAGUGAAACGGAACAUUUCUGUAGUAUAAAAUGUUGGAAAGUUUUAAAAAUCUGUUGUGAUACUAAAAAAAUUGCAUUUAUUGAAAAAUGAAUGUUUAAGCCCCCCAAAAAAGCAACAGAUGAAAAAGAAAAGCCAACAGAUUUCACACAGUGUACCAAAAAUCUGGGACACUUUGAUAAAUCGAUAACAAGUCCAUUAACAACAACAACAACAAAAAACAGACACUAAGAUCUGAUAUGGUUACAAGGGUAAGGCUAAAAACUACUGGCUAAGAGGUGCGAGUGAAAACACACACAUAUAUAUGUUGUUUUGUCCUGAUGAAAGCUCCAUGUGGGAGCUGAAACGUUGACUUUUUAAAUGGAUUGAAUAAAAGCUAAAUUUUAUUUCAAAAUCUCUAUAAAGUCCUUGGAGUGCGGUCAUUUCUGCUAUGUCUAUAUAUAUAUAUAUAUAUAUAUAUAUAUAUAUAUAGUGUUUACAGUCUGCAAAACCCACCGCUCUACCUUGGGAAGAGUAAGGGAAACAAAUCCUUAGCCUUAGUCCUAAAUAACAAACUGCCAGGAAAAAUAGUAAAAAGGUAUCUCCACUAAACAACUGCUUUGGACCAAUUGGAAAUACAAGUCCUAGAGAGAGCUCUUGAUGUAGGUGUAAUAUAACUUGGAGGUAAAAAUGUGUAAGGGUGAAAGAGUAAAUGGUAUUGGUAUUAAUUCCAUCAUUCUCAUAACAGACAUUCCGUUUGACCCAAUCCAUCUGCUGGGACAAGCCGUGUCCAAUGUCAUCUGCUCUGUGGUCUUUGGAGAGAGAUUUGACUACGAAGAUGAGAAUUUCAAAACGCUUCUUUCAAAUAUUAGAGAAAUCUCGAGACUGAUGAAUUCGAAGAUUGGACAGGUGAUAUCUGUCACACUGGGGACAUUGGAGAAAAUGUUGUUGUUUUCUUGUUAGGAAUAUGCAAAUGUUUCAGCAAAAAGUAAAACAGAUGAUAACCAGCGCCUUUCACAGAUAAGGUAAACAGCAUUUACCUUAAAAAAAUAAAAAAUAAAUAAAAAGAGAUUUACUUAGAUUAUUGCAACCUCCCUUAUUCAUAUCUUCCCAAUAUAUUCUUCAACAAAUGCAAAAAUAAAAGGAUGUAAAAAAACAAAACAAAACAAUGUAAUAAAGCUUUAAAUAGCACUUCCACACAGAGCAGCUAUUUCAUUCAGUAUUUGGUAGAAGGCACUGCAAACUGAUUUUUUUUUCUUCUUAGUUUACAAUAUAUGCAAUUCUGUUACAGUUCCUUAACAUAUGCCCAAAUGUGCUCAGACGCAUCCCUGGUCCACACCAGAAACUCUUUGUCAAUUUUGACAAACUGUGGGAGUUUGUGAAGGACAUGGUGCAAUCUCAUCGAGAGACACUGGACAAAAAUUGCCCACGUGACUUCAUAGACAGCUUCCUGAUAAGGAUGGAGGAGGUAAUAUGAUACAAUUUAUGAAUUGUGCAAAUCUAGGAAUAAUGAAGCAAGUAGAUGUUUAACAACAAGUUUGAAUUAUGUCCCAGGAAAAUAAUCACAGUACAGAAUUUCAUGAGGAGAAUUUACUGGGAACAAUUAGAGAUUUGUUCUUUGCUGGGACAGAGACUUCAAGCGUGACUCUGCAAUAUGCGUUCCUAAUUCUUCUCAAGUAUCCAGAAAUACAAGGUAUCAUUGUCAAUUAAUACCACUGUUCUAUGAUAUAACUCUGUUUGUGGAACUGAGUGCUCAUCAGCCCACACAAUGUUACCUUCAUAGCCAGGAUAUACACAGUGGAAAAAUCCACAUUGGAAAUAAAUUAAAUUGCUAAAAUCUUACAAAGUUUAAGUGGGAGUUAUAAGAAAAAACACUUUAAUCUUUAAUACAUACUCUUGUUUCCUUUCGUAUUUCAAUUCAGAGAAAAUCCACCGCGAGAUUGAUGAUAUAAUAGGUCUAGAUCGAUGCCCAUCAGUGGAAGACAGGAGUAAGAUGCCGUAUACUGAUGCUGUAAUUCAUGAAAUCCAACGAUUUGCUGACAUUGCUCCUCUUGGGCUUGUCCAUGCAACCACCAAAGAUAUAACCUUCAAGGGAUAUGAUAUUCAGAAGGUUCAGUCUUCAAUAUCAAAUUGUUUUCAUAAAAAUACAUGUAAACAUUUUAUUCAUAGCUGGUAUUUUUAGCUAUGUAUAAAAACACUUUAUGUCUAUGUCAGAAAGAACCCAUGAAUUGUUUGUCACCACUGAUACACUGCAGGACAUAAAUAUGUUCCCUUGGCUGCUGACUAGGUGGAAUGUCCCCCAACCCGUUGCCCCCAAUAACACACAAGAGACCUCGUUAAGUUGGGUAAGGGCAACAGCCACAGCUUUAUUGAUUAUACAUGCCAGCAAGUCUAUACUGUCAGCUGUUCGGGUGAUUCACCAACAGACAGGUCUAUCCCAUCAAACCAUAAGUCCAGAGCAGCCUGCCUCCGCCAUGAGCUCCCAGCAGGCUGCAAGUCCCCAAGCCUCCUCAGCAACUUCUUCCCCUUCUGCCUACGCUGGCCAGGACUCCCGCAUGCUGUGGCAAAAGAAGAAAUCAGAAACCAACAACAAGCACCAGAAAAAGACCAACAAUUCCAUAUGUACGAGAAAAGUCCUAGGGAGGUAGGGAGGGAAAGUCAGGAUCCCUGCACUUUCUAAACGAUGACUGGUAAAUCCCCUCCCCUCACUGUCCUUAUAACCUGCAGUCAUUUUGCAACUUUGUAUCACUAUAUUCCCCACCCCUCGGCUUAGCAUCAGUCACGGCCCCUUCCUUGUCAGUCCAGGGAGGGUCUUUCUAUGACCUUUAAACCAAGUCAAUUGAAAUAGGGCAGUCAGCCUGAUGAGGGAUUGACACAUAAACGUGUUUAAUUGUGCUAUCCUACAAUUGAAUGUCUGCUCUUAAAGAUUUGGUUUUAAAUUUGAUGCUUUGGCACUGACAAUUUAUUUUAAUUAUUUUAGGGAACUUUGGUUUUGCUAGUUCUGACCUCAGUUCUAAAGGAUCCAAAAUACUUUAAAAACCCUCUACACUUUGACCCUGGUCAUUUUCUGGAUGAGAAUGGCUGCUUUAAGAAGAAUGAUGCCUUCAUGCCAUUUUCAGCAGGUGAUAACAUUAAUAUUCAUAUAUUAAUAUGUUAGAGAGAGUUUCACCAGUGACUAACAAACCUUUCUCCUUAAUCUUGCACUCUCUCUGUCUUCAGGUAAACGUGCGUGUGUUGGGGAGGGUUUGGCCCGCAUGGAGCUUUUCCUCUUUUUCACGACCAUCUUGCAAAAUUUCAUCCUUAAACCAACAGUGGAUAAAGAAGACAUUGAAAUCACUCCUGAGCCAAACACCAACGCUACAAGACCUUGUGCUUACCAAAUGUAUGCUGUCCCUCGUUCUGAAUCCUAA